UUAUCGAUAAAUAUUACAAUUGUUUUCUUUAUCGUGACGACGCUUCGGUAUUAAUAUUUUCGGAUCUCAUUACAUUUUUCACUUUGUAAAUUAUGCCACCCCCUAUUAAGAUUUUCGUUGGAAGUUUACCUCAAGGCUCAAAGCCGCAUGAAUUACGUAUGCUCUUCGAGGUGUAUGGUGUUGUGGUAGAGUGUGAUGUUAUGAAUCGUUGUGGAUUUGUGCAUAUGCAAACCAUUGAUAUGGCCAAAAAUGCCAUUGCAGCAUUAAACGAUAGUGACUUUAAGGGACAAAAAAUUAUUGUCGAAGAAGGACGCCCAAAAAAUAAAGCAAUUACAGGUACUGUUGGAACCGAAAGUAAUCACAACAAUAUGAAUGAUAAUUUAAAAGGAUCAGGUAAUAAUAGAGGCUUUAACAAUAACAAUAAUAACCGUGGAAGAAAUAGAAAUUUCAAUGGCGGUUCUACACGAAAUAAUAAUUACAAACAACGCAAUGCACCAUAUACACAACAACCACCCAACAGAAAUAAUUUCACUGGUGAUCCUCAAAAAAAUGAUAGAUUUAAUAGAAAUCAAGGUGGCAAUUUCAAUCAAGGUCCACAAAUAAAUUUCAUGCGUAAUCAAGAUUCAAGGGCAGGUGCAGGUCCAACAAAUAAUCAAUUCGGCAAUAACAACAAUGCAACAACAGGAGGCUUUCGUAACCACAAAAAUGACAACAAUUUUGGUUCUAAUGCUAAUCAAAGAAACACAAACAAUGGUAAUGGUCAGUUCGGUAGAUCAGGUCGUCCAAAUCAUGCUAAUUUACAAGAUAGACGUGGUUUUGCUUUACCUAAUGCAAAUCAUCAACAACAAAGUCAAUUUAAUAGUGGAAAUGGUAAUCAAUUUAGCCGUGGUGGUAAUCAAUUUAAUGAUGGCAAUCCAAUCAAUUCUCCUAUGAGAAAUGGUAAUCAAUUUAACCGUGGUGGUAAUCAAUUUAAUGAUGGCAAUCCAAUCAAUAAUCCUAUGAGAAAUCCUAAUCAGUUUAGUCGUGGUAAUAAUCAAUUUAAUGAUGGCAAUCCGAACAAUAACCCGAUGAGAAAUGGUAAUCAGUUCAGUCGUGGUGGUAAUCAAUUAAAUGAAGGCAAUUCAACCAAAAAUCCAUUUCAACGAGUAGGUGUUAAUAUGGGCGGUGCAGCACCCAAUAAUAGUUUACAUGGUCAAAAUAUAUUCUCGCAACCACCAAAUUUACAAAACAAAAUGGGAACCAACAAUAAUUAUAGAAAUAAUCGUGGUGGUCCAUAUAAUCGAAAUCAAGGCGAUUUCAAUAACAGACGUGCCGGCGGCGGAACUGGUUUCAGCGGUGGUAGUGAUAGAAAUGGAAAUUCAUUUAAUCAAAACUUUCGAAAUAACAAUGCAGCCGGAAAUGGUAGAAAUAAUUUCCAGAAAAACUUUCCACAGCCGCCUAAUUCUCAAAAUUUUGGACUUGGAAAUUGAUUGAAGAAUUCUAAGUACCCAUUUGUGAAUGGAACUCAACAUUUUUGAGAAUAUUUUUUAAAUAACACAUAAUUGUGUUAUAUAUUGUG